CGCGGAGCGGUCCUCAGCCCCGAUCGCUGCGGCCCAGCCCGCCACCGAGGCGCGCAGGCGGGCGCGCGGAGUGGCCGCUCAGGAGGAUCUGUUUACCACUCCCAAGAACUACUUGAUGCUGAAGCCUUUCCAAGUGAUACCAGAGACUUGGGAAGCACCAUGGAUGGGUUUUGUGAUCAGCAAGUCCCUUUUAUGGUCCCAGGGAAAUCUCGAUCAGAGGACUGUCGAGGGCGACCUGUGAUUGACAGAAAGAGGAAGUUUGUGGACACAGAUCUGGCUCACGAUUCUGAAGAGUUGUUUCAGGAUCUUAGCCAACUUCAAGAGGCUUGGUUAGCUGAAGCUCAAGUUCCUGAUGACGAGCAGUUUGUCCCAGAUUUUCAGUCUGAUAACUGCUCUCUCACUGAAGAAGCUGGACCUCAGCAGUUGGCUAGAGCUGGGAUUGCAGUGGUGCUUCAUGCUCCACCUCCCACCAAGAUCAAACGGGAGCUGCACAGUCCCUCCUCUGAGUUGUCAUCCUGUAGCCACGAGCAGGCUCUCGGUGCUAAGUAUGGAGAAAAGUGCCUCUACAACUAUUGUGCCUAUGAUAGGAAGCCUCCCUCUGGGUUCAAGCCAUUAACCCCGCCCGCCACUCCUUUGUCACCCACCCAUCAGAAUUCCCUAUUUCCCCCACCUCAGGCAACUCUGCCCACCUCAGCUCUUUCCCCUGGAGCCGGCCCAGUUCAAGGGGUGGGUCCUGCCCCAACCCCUCACUCGCUUCCAGAACCUGGAUCACAGCAACAAACAUUUGCGGUUCCCCGGCCACCACAUCAGCCCCUGCAAAUGCCAAAGAUGAUGUCUGAAAGCCAGUAUCCAUCAGAACAGAGAUUUCAGCGACAGCUGUCUGAGCCUAGCCAUCCCUUCCCUCCUCAGUCAGGAGUUCCUGGAGAUAAUCGCCCCAGCUAUCACCGGCAGAUGUCAGAGCCCAUUGUCCCCGCAGCUCCACCACCCCUUCAGGGAUUCAAGCAGGAAUACCAUGACCCACUCUAUGAGCAUGGGGUCCCUGGGAUGCCUGGUCCCCCAACACAUGGAUUCCAGUCACCCAUGGGAAUCAAGCAGGAGCCCCGAGAUUACUGUGCUGACUCAGAAGUGCCUAACUGCCAGUCAUCCUACGUGAGAGGCGGGUAUUUCUCCAGCAACCACGAAGGAUUCCCAUAUGAAAAGGACCCCAGGCUAUACUUUGAUGACACUUGUGUGGUGCCCGAAAGACUGGAAGGCAAAGUCAAGCAAGAGCCCACCAUGUACCGAGAGGGACCCCCUUAUCAGAGGCGAGGUUCUCUGCAGCUAUGGCAGUUCCUCGUCACCCUUCUGGAUGACCCAGCCAACGCCCACUUCAUCGCCUGGACUGGCCGAGGCAUGGAGUUUAAGCUCAUAGAACCAGAAGAGGUUGCUCGGCGUUGGGGUAUUCAGAAGAAUCGGCCAGCCAUGAACUAUGACAAGCUGAGCCGUUCUCUCCGCUAUUACUAUGAAAAAGGCAUCAUGCAGAAGGUGGCUGGGGAACGGUACGUCUACAAAUUUGUCUGUGACCCGGAUGCACUUUUCUCCAUGGCCUUCCCGGACAAUCAGCGCCCGUUCCUGAAGGCAGAGUCAGAAUGCCCCCUCAAUGAGGAGGACACGCUGCCACUGACUCACUUUGAAGACAACCCUGCUUACCUCCUGGACAUGGAUCGCUGCAGCAGCCUCCCCUACGCUGAAGGCUUCGCUUACUAAGUUUCCGAAUGGCUGAAUAGCCAAACCCUAGAGCUAGCAGUCCUCAUUCAGGCACACAAGGGCAGUGGUUUGUUUGUGUUCUUGGCUGUUCCUAAAGCUUGCCCUUUGAGUAUUAUCAGGAGAACCCACGCUGUCUCUGGUUUUGACACCCUUAAAGACAAAUACCUUGGCUAGGGAGUGGGAGCAGGGAGAGGCAGAAAAACCACCACAUGGCUGGCGAUUCUGAUUCAAUUCCUGGGGAGACAUAGAAGUAUAUCCUCCUUGCCAUCGUGGCCAGUUACGUGCAGAGCAGUAUAGCAGUGUGUUCAGGUUAGCGCCCACGAAAGGGGACCGAGUGUAUGACAAUCUGCAUUGAUCAUGGACUACUAAAGCCUUCACGCAGGAGGCUUUGACUUGCACAGUUCUUUGGAAAGAAACUGCACACCCAUAGGAAAGUCGAUAAGGCUGGGUUGGGGAGGCUCAGACUAUUGGGGCUUGAAAUUUGCAAAACUCUUGUAGCUCAUUCUGGAAUCUUUCCCCUGUAGUCCAGAACUGGGGAGGCCAGAAGAGCUGUUACUCACUCCAUGGUUCUCAGACCUCUGCUCCUCUUGGGCCUUCCAGCCGAGCAGUCACCAUAAGUAAACCAAGCCCCCCUCCUCCCGGUCACGUGGCUGAGCGCAGAUGGCUUAUUUUCGAAAGAUGAUGAACAUGACAGUAUUUUGUUUUGCUGUGAUUUGGGGGGGGGAUCAUUUUGCUUUUGGUGGUUGUUUCGGGGUGGGGGGGGAAACAGUUUAUAUAAACUGAUUUUUGUAGUUUUGGUAUUUAAAGCAAAAAAACAAAAACAAAAAAAAAAAAAAACCCUUUUUGGUACCUGCAGUACAUCCCUCAGGUGGGGUGGUGCCCACUUCAGAAGAUGCUGCAGCCUGAGAGAGGCUUUGCUGGGGCUUCCCCUUCACCAUUUAGAAGUCUGCUUGGUGUUUUCUGCACCAGACAACUUGUUGAGAUGGUUAACCUGAUUUGUACAUUUUUGAAGUGUGCAAGGCAGCCUGGACACAGCUUACAGUUCCAUGUGUACAGUUCGCCAUGCUCACUGACUCUCCUUCUCUGGGAAGCAGAUGUACAUACUACAUACAUGUCAUGUCCGUUUAACAACUGGUCACCUGGUGGAAACCCAGGCAUCUGCCUUGUUUUCCUUUUUCUUUCAGUUUUGGACUUUGAACCCUGCACAGUGGUUCCCUGGGGUCUGACACUUAUCUGUCAUUCACAGGUAAAACAGUGCUAGCUAGCAUUCUGGCCCUGCUACUUUAAUAUUUUUUCAGUUUUUUAUUCUGAUUGCUGUAUUAUAUUGGGAAUUUUCUGAACAACCAAACUAAAGCUGUACAAAUUGGGUUUGGAGUGGUGGAACGUCAGCAGGAAGUGGAAUGCCUUGCUGCCUGACUCCUUGCUGACAGGAGUUUGCUGUCCUUGACACUCCACACGUUGUGUUC